AUGUCCAUUUUCUCUCUCAUCCUCUUAGGCACUGUUUUUGCUAAUGCUGUCAAACCCUGCUUCUCUCGUCGUUCACACGUUUACGUAGCAUCAUACCAAUGGCGGCUCGAGCUUCAACCGACAGUCCUGCUGGGCUACCAGUUGACAACCCAAGCCAGUCGUACUGGCUUUCAAAGCCGUCUGAGAUCCUGCUCGGUCACGAAGAUUAUCGAAAAGAUCCAGGAAAAGCAUCCGGAUAUUGGAGCAAACACUUCAAUGGUCACGAAGGAGGGCGGCAAAUCUCCAUCGUCCUGCUUACAAGGCGAGAGGAAGUUGAACGAGCUUACAUUGGAAUGGUUGCGAGUCGGUGCUGCUGAAGGUGCUGUACUGCAGUCGAACGCUGCGAGUCUCUGGCCUUACAAACCCGUUGCCUUUGUGCUCGAACGCCUCCUAGCGGCCGGCAGCUUCAAUCUACAGACAAAGACUCCAGUGACAGGCCUCAACAGGGUCGAUUUACCAGCAGGAAACUCCAGUAACCACCCAGAUGCCGACAAGGCAGCGUCUAGAGGCUGGACAGCUCACACAUCUCGAGGCGACAUUUCAGCCCGCCAUGUUCUCCCAGCGACAAAUGCGUAUACUUCUCAUCUGCUUCCUCGGUUUGCAGACAUCAUCGUGCCGUCCACCAAGGAUCCGUUGGACAUUGAACACACGUUCUAUUUCGUCUCCGAUCUUACCGACCGCAGAGAUGACUACCUAGUGCAAAGACCUCCACCAGGUGCUGAACUGAUUUAUGGCGGCGGACGCAUCUACGCAGAGGGUCACGGACUCGGCGUGUGGGAUGACAGCGCCAUCGACAAACCGGUGGCACGCCAUCUCAAACACGAGCUGGGCAGCUUGAUGGAUCUCUCGAUACGUGAGCAAGGAAAUGCACAAGGCGAGCGUGGUGCCAGCCCAUCGACGCAAGAUAUUGAACCAACAUUUGAGUGGUCAGGCAUCAUGGGAUUCUCGCGCGACGGCUGGCCGUGGGUCGUUGUUGAUAUGAUGAUUCCUGGCCAUGAGGAUGGAGACGAGACGGCCGGCCAGGUAGAUCUGCCCUCCGAGUAUCUCAUUGCCGAUGAUCGACUCGAGAAGGCGAGGGAAUGCGAGACCGUCGCAGAAGCGGACAAGAGGGGGGCAUUCAUGUUGGACUUGGACAUGGUUUGA